GAGUAGAUCUCUCGUUGUCGCGUUCUAAAUGCGUAGCGCGCGUAUUUUAUACGAUUUCAUAGAAGAGACUUCUUAAUUAUUAUAACUUAUAAUAUAAAAACUUAUGAUAUAAAGUUAUCAUAAAGAUGAAAACGUGUUGUGCUUGUGGGUUUCGGGAAAAACGCGACACAAUUGGCAAUAACGAAAGAGUGUCCUAUCAUUCAUUUCCAAAGAAGAAAGAUAUGCGUCAAGCAUGGGUUAGUGCGAUAGGAAAGAAGGGUUUUGUCCCAACCAAGAGCAGCAUUCUGUGUAGCCAGCAUUUUUCUAAAGAUUGUCUGUAUUACCCUAAUAAGGGAAGAGAGAAACAGCGGAUACGUUUAAGACCAGAUUCUGUACCAACUUUGUUUAAUGCAAGUUUCUGGAAAAGAAGGAAUAGAAAAUCAGGAAUACAAUCAAAACAAACUCAACAUAUUGGUAAUUCUGUACAAGAUGUGAAAGGUCAUAAGGAAGAGAAUUUUGCUGAAUCAAAAUCAGCACUGUUUGUUAAUAAUGCAGCAACAUGUAGUAGUCUAAAUGAAUGUCAGUUAGAAUCUGAAAAUACCAGCAGGGAAUAUUCUGCAACUUCAAGAAGUAAGCGGAAUUAUCGCACAGUAUAUCCAAAAUAUAUUGGUUUUUGCACUCUCAGUGAUCUGAAGUCUCCUAUAAAAGUUGUACAAAAUUGGAAAAUGGCUAUGAGUUGUAUUACCUCACAACGGAAGGAGAUUGCAAUACUAAGAAGAAAAAAUUAUUGUCUAAACACAAAAGUGGCAAUUCUUGAAAUGUUACUAGCUGGUUUGAAAAAUACUUAAAUGUGCAUGAACAAAGUUUAUUUUAAAGUUUUGUGUUAACAUUUUGCGCUGAUAUCUGAACGAUAUGAAUGUGGUAUGUAAGAGUAUUAUUAUACUACUUAUAUUACCAUAAUAUUAACCUGAUAAACUAUUAGGUGUAAAUUGUUAUAAAAAUGAAAUAGCAAUUGUAUAUGUAUAUUUAACUCUUGAAUCAGAUAUAAGUGUUAGAGUAAAGUAAGUUAAUUAUCAUAAAUGUCGAUUAUCCUUGUAUUU